AUGUUCAAGAUACUGAGAACCAUUCCGGGUACACGGACCAGUAAUGCACGCACCGUAAUAACUGAAGCGAACCCUAGCCAGGCACGUGUCGUAGUGGCCGGUGCUGGACUGUUGGGUAAUUCGGUCGCCUACCACCUAGCAGACAAUGGAUGGAGCAAUGUGCUGGUGCUGGACCAGAGCAAAGUUGGCAGUGGGACGUCCCACUUCGGUUCCGGCACAAUCGGCUUGUUUAAGCCAACGCCCGAACGCAACAUUAUUGUGGAAAGUUUGAAACUAUAUCAGAAGCUGCACGACCAAGGCCACACCAUUGGAUUGCGAAGAUGUGGCAGUCUUAAUUUAGCGCAAACGCACGAUCGUGUGAUAGCGUUACAGCGGCGUGCGGCUUACAUAUUGCCGACCGGAAUGCAGUGCGAGCUGGUAGAUUCGGACACGGCGAAGAAGCUGCACCCGUUUCUGAAUACGGAUGAUCUGCAAGGGGCGGUUUACGUUCCGGAUGAUUGCAUAGCCGAUCCGGCAGCCGUUGUGCAGGUGUUGGCAAGUGAAGCGAAGCGUAAAGGCGUCAAGUACUUUGAAGGAUGUCAGGUGAAAUACAUCAACACCAAAAAUGAACGCGUCCACUCAGUCGAAACCGAUGUCGGUACCAUCACCUGCGAAUACUUUGUCAAUUGUAGCGGCAUGUGGGCCCGGGAGCUUGGCCUCAAGUCGAAACCACCGGUCCGGGUACCGGCCUAUCCCGCCCAACACUAUUACGCACUUACGCCCAACCUAAAUCUACCGACCGACGAUGAUAAUCUGUUACCCUGCAUUCGGGAUUACGACUCGAAUCUGUACGCCCGACAGUACGAUCAGUCCCUGCUGGUCGGUUGGUUCGAGAAGGAUGCCAAACCAGCGUUCGAAGAAACGAAAGAUAUCCCAAAAGCGUGGCAAGACCAUCUCCAGGAAGAUCAUGGGCAUUGUGGCGCACUGUGGGAAAAAGCGGUCGAUCGAUUACCGGUUCUGCGUGACAUCAGUAUGCCGACGAUACGCAACAGUCCGGACAAUUUCACACCCGACGGACGGCUCAUCUUUGGCGAGUCGGCUGAAGUGAAGAACUACUUUGUUGCCUGCGGAAUGAAUGGGAAUCCGUUGCAGGGUUCGGGCGGUGUAGGGAAAGCGUUGGCCGAAUGGAUCGUUAGCGGUACGCCAACGAUCGACAUGCUGCCGUUCAAUGUGCAACGCUUUCUGGACCUGCACAACAAUCGGCAGUAUCUGCAGCAGCGCAUCCGCGAGGUGGUUGGCCGUCAGUAUGCGAUCCUCUAUCCGAACCAGAGCGAGUACAAGUUUUCGCGCAAGCUGCGCUGUUCACCGUUGUACAGUGUGCUGGAGGCACGUGGUGCCGUGUUCGGUACGAAGAUGGGCUAUGAGCGAGCGCUUUACUUCGAUGCGGACUAUCGACGUGGUGAUCCGCUACCGACGCUUCCCGAUGGAAGCUUCUACAAGCCAAAGUUCUUCCAGUUUAUGGAGAAAGAGUAUCAGGCCUGUGCCCAGCACGUUGGCAUCAUUGAUAUUUCGUCCUUUUCGAAGAUUGAAAUUAAACCCGGUAUUCAAACAGACACCGUUUCGGGUGAAAACCCCGUCCUGAACUAUCUCCAGUAUAUGUGUGCGAAUGAUGUGAACAUUGGCGUUGGCCAUAUCGUACACACCGGCAUGCUGAACGAGCGGGGCGGUUAUGAGAACGAUUGCAUGCUGAUACGGCAAACGGAGGACAGUUACUUUAUGAUCUCACCCUCCUCGCAACAAACGCGCAUCUACGAGUGGAUGUCCCGCAAUCUUCCCACCGAUGCGUCCGUCCAGCUGAACGACGUUACCUCGAUGUACACCGUGAUAAAUGUGGUUGGACCCAAAUCUACCCUACUGAUGAGCGAACUGUCUAACUCGGACGUACGAUUGGCACCGUUCAGCUACCGAAAGCUCAACAUUGGCUAUGCGAGCGAUGUGAUGAUCAUGUCCUUCACGCACACCGGCAUGCCCGGAUACUGUCUGUACGUACCGUCCGAAUACGCACUGCACGUGUACGAUCGUCUGAUUACACGUGGACGGGAUUAUGGGGCACGGGAUGUCGGUACGCUGACGCAACGAUUCCUACGCAUCGACAAGUUUAUUCCGUUCUGGGGCGAUGAGCUGACCAGCAUGACGACACCGUUCGAGGCAGGCGUAUUCUAUUCGAUUUCACAAUUGAAGAAAAAGGAAAACUUUAUCGGUCGGCAAGCACUGGAGUGCCAAAAGCGGGACGGUCUGCACAAACGGCUCGUGCUGUUCCACGUGGAGGACAUCGACAUCGAUAAGGAUGUGUGGCCAUGGGGAGGGGAACCGCUGUAUAGGAAUAAUGAGUUUUGCGGUACAGUAACUUCGGCCGGCUACGGAUUCGCAUCGGAAAAGUUGGUCUGCUUGGGUUACAUUAGUCGACCGGAAGGAAACACGGUGCGUACUAUAACGACGGAGUUCAUCAUGGACAAGGAUGCGGUGUAUCACAUUGAUAUUGCCGGGAAGCGGUUUCGUUUGACGCAACACAUUCAUCCGAAGGCGGCUAUGGCGAGCGCCAUCGAAAGGCAGGAUCUGAGCAAAUCAUACCGUCCGACGGUUGUUAAAGAGAAAAAGCAACAGCAAAGUUGAAGAGAU